AGUCGGCGCAGGCGCACUGGGGCCGGCUAUUGUGUUAACCAUUAUUGUAGCGAAGCGGACGGGCUGCUGCCGGCCUCCUGUUCCCUCAACGCCCCGCAGUCCCGGGCCGGAGCCCCUCCAGCCCCGCUGAGUCCAGCGCAGGCAGGCAGGCAGGCAAGAUGCCGAUUAACAAAUCUGAGAAGUCGGACAAUUCUGAUAAUGUUAAGGUUGUUGUUCGCUGCCGGCCUUUCAAUGAACGGGAGAAAGCAAUGUGUUACAAGAUGGCAGUUAAUGUCGACGAAAUGCGAGGCACUAUUACUGUCCAUAAAACAGAUUCUUCCAAUGAACCUCCCAAGACAUUUACAUUUGAUACCGUUUUUGGACCAGAGAGCAAACAACUUGAUGUUUAUAAUUUAACAGCAAGGCCAAUUAUUGACUCUGUUCUAGAAGGUUAUAAUGGCACCAUUUUUGCUUAUGGACAAACCGGAACGGGGAAAACAUUUACUAUGGAAGGUGUCCGGGCUGUUCCAGAACUCAGGGGGAUCAUUCCAAAUUCUUUUGCUCAUAUUUUUGGCCACAUUGCAAAGGCAGAAGGUGAUACAAGGUUUUUGGUCAGAGUCUCUUACUUGGAAAUCUACAAUGAGGAAGUGCGAGACCUGCUGGGGAAGGAUCAGACACAGAGGCUGGAGGUUAAAGAACGACCUGAUGUGGGAGUCUAUAUCAAAGAUCUUUCAGCUUAUGUUGUAAACAAUGCGGAUGACAUGGACAGAAUUAUGACACUUGGUCACAAAAACCGUUCUGUUGGUGCCACUAAUAUGAAUGAGCACAGUUCCCGUUCCCAUGCUAUCUUUACAAUUACAAUUGAGUGCAGUGAGAAGGGUGUUGAUGGGAAUAUACAUGUGCGCAUGGGCAAACUGCACUUAGUAGACCUUGCGGGAUCAGAGAGGCAAGCAAAAACUGGAGCCACUGGGCAACGACUAAAGGAAGCUACCAAAAUCAACCUUUCCCUCUCUACCCUUGGGAAUGUCAUUUCUGCAUUAGUGGAUGGAAAGAGCACUCAUGUGCCUUACCGGAACUCUAAACUGACUCGACUGCUACAGGAUUCCCUUGGAGGCAACUCUAAAACUAUGAUGUGUGCAAACAUUGGUCCAGCAGACUACAAUUAUGAUGAGACUAUCAGCACUCUGCGAUAUGCCAACCGUGCCAAGAACAUCAAGAAUAAGGCUAGAAUUAAUGAAGAUCCAAAGGAUGCUUUGCUUCGCCAAUUUCAAAAAGAAAUUGAAGAACUUAAGAAAAAGUUGGAGGAAGGGGAAGAGAUCUCUGGCUCUGAGACGAGUGGCUCUGAAGAUGAUGAUGAAGAUGAUGAUGGGGAGAUUGGAGAAGAUGGAGAAAAGCGAAAGAAGCGAAGAGGCAGUAGCAGCAGCAGUAGUUCAGACUCUACAUGCUCUGUCAUAGAGAAACCUCUGGAUAAAUCCUUCACUAGAAAGAAGAAAGUUUCUCCUGACAAGAUGAUAGAGAUGCAAGCGAAGAUUGAUGAAGAAAGGAAGGCUCUUGAAACAAAGCUUGAUAUGGAAGAGGAAGAAAGAAACAAGGCCCGGGCAGAGCUGGAGAAGCGGGAGAAAGACCUGCUUAAAGCACAGCAAGAACAUCAGUCUCUUCUGGAGAAGUUGUCAGCCUUGGAAAAGAAAGUGAUCGUGGGAGGUGUGGACUUACUGGCAAAAGCAGAGGAGCAGGAGAAGCUUCUAGAAGAAUCCAACAUGGAGCUGGAAGAGCGUAGAAAAAGAGCAGAGCAGCUCCGGAGGGAGCUUGAAGAGAAAGAGCAAGAGCGUUUGGACAUUGAGGAAAAGUACACCAGCCUUCAGGAGGAAGCACAAGGGAAGACCAAGAAGCUGAAAAAAGUCUGGACAAUGCUAAUGGCAGCCAAGUCAGAGAUGGCAGAUUUGCAACAAGAACAUCAGAGAGAAAUUGAAGGCUUAUUGGAGAACAUUCGACAGCUCAGCAGGGAGCUUCGUCUUCAAAUGCUUAUCAUUGACAACUUUAUACCUCAGGAUUAUCAGGAAAUGAUAGAAAACUACGUUCACUGGAAUGAAGAUAUUGGAGAAUGGCAGCUGAAAUGUGUGGCAUAUACCGGAAAUAAUAUGAGAAAACAGACUCCCGUGCCAGAUAAAAAGGAAAAAGAUCCCUUUGAGGUGGACCUUUCCCAUGUAUAUCUAGCUUACACAGAAGAAAGCCUGAGACAGUCUUUGUUGAAACUAGAGAGACCAAGGACUUCCAAAGGCCGAUCAAGACCCAAAACUGGCAGAAGAAAACGUUCUGCCAAAUCAGGCGCUGUGAUCGAGUCAUUGCUCCAGUAGACUCUGACAGUGGUGGGACUGCAAUAAAGAUUAGCGUGUGGCUUAAUACUUGGCCCAAAUAUGCAGAUUCUUGUUUCUGGAGAUCGCAGAAGAGUUUUGAUGUUUGGUUGACACAGAAGUAGCUACAAAGGGCUACACUUGUGUCUUGGAGACAACAAGAAAUACAUUUGUUUCCCUUGA